AUGCUUCUCUCAAUUCAAACUUAUCUCGUCAUUCACUGGUCACAUUUCGGUGACGAGCUCGUCUCCAUGACUGGACUCACGAGCCCCACGGAAGUGCUGGCCUUCAACCUGUCCGGAUUUUUAGUCGGAGCCCAAAUCUUCUUCAAGCGCCUGAUGUAUCUCUUCAACUCGAAAGGCAUGAUGACUUUCUGGUCAGAUUUUGUAUCCGAUUUAACCCAAAUUUCCUGCAGUGAUGAAAAAGGCAGCUUUCUCCUCAGUACCGAACCUUGGGCGAAACAUCGCUCCAUGUUCAUAAAGGUGAAGACCACUUUGACCUGCGAUAUAAUUUCAAGCCUGAUUUUAAUUACCGUGCAGACGGUUCAACUUUUGGUCACGUUUUACCUCUCUUAUGUUGAGGAUUCGAACACGAACGGUCCUUUCGUUGGGCUUCACGACAAAAUAAUUGGAAUUGGAGGACUAGUUUUGUGGAACGUACUUGGUUCCCUCAAUGUUUUUCAGUCCGUAUGGGUGACCUAUCCGAUUCAGUUGUUUAACGCGUACUUGGAAAUUAUCCAGGCUGAACUUUCCGAAUGUUACCGUUGUAAUCAAGAACCCCUCGUGGCGGAUGAUUUAUUCACGAUUUUGAAGAAAAGUGGAGAGAAGGGCUCUCAAAAAAUGAUAAAACCCUACAUUUUGGACGAAAACAAACUGCACCUUUGCAUCCAGAAUUAUCACAGAACUGUCGAAAUGUUGAGAAAGUAUAGCAGCCGAUCUGUUCAAAGAAUAUCGUCUGAAAUCGGGUACAAUUCCUUGCUGAUCUUGGCCUAUCUUUUUAUUGGGUUCACUUGGGCAGAAAAUGGGGAGAUUGGAGCCGCACUCACCAGAGUCAUUCCACUUAUUCUCUGCAUUAAAAUAAUUUUUCACUUGGGCACGGAGGCCGGUCAGUUGGAACUUAAUCAGAAGGCCAUAUUUCGUGUGCUGUGUCGAAUGCAACAUCGUGCGAUGAGCGAGGAGACAAAGUCAAUGGUGUUUACGAUGAUACAGGAAUUGUCUGGAGAUCGGUUAAGGGUUGAACCGGGAUCAUUCUUUACACUAAAUCGGCGUCUCCUCACAUCGAUUUUAUCAUCAGUAAUGACAUUUCUGGUCGUGUUGGUGCAAUUUCGAGAUGGCGAGAGAAAGUAGACGCAUUGAUUGUUGAAGUGUAAUUUAAAUGAUACAUAUUUAUUGUUCUUCAUUAUACUUAUUCAGGAAAUUUGAAUUAGUGCAAUGGUUGUGAUCUCACGUUAGUGCGACUUAAAAUAAAUAUUUUGUGUCCUCUCUAAUUACUAAAUAAAUACAUGCAAUGAUCAUGAGGA